CAUCGACCAACGUUGCGAACAGGCAGCGUCAACGUCUCAAUCUGCAGGAUUCAGAUAGUCUGCUGCUUCAGACUCUUCGUCACAAGCUAAUGUCAACUAUUCGUUAUUAUGGUUAAAAUGCGCUAUUGAUUUAGUUUAAAUACAGUUUAAACCAAGUUUGUAAGAGACAUAAACAGAGGAUGCUUUACGAAGCAAAGCGAUGUGGAGUGAAGUUCUCUCCUGCCUCCAUAGUUAUAAUUUAUCAACACACGGAAACCAAAAAGAUACGAAAGAGAAUAAUACCUUUAAGGAACUUCUCAAAGUAUUCAGACUACAGCCUGGCUGCUGAGAGGCUGAAGAACCACCCUCGGCACAGGGACUACCUGGAGGCUGUGUCACAGAGCCAGCUCGAGAAGCUUCACAUCAUCCUGCGAGACCACAUGCAGGGCUUCAGCCUGGAGCACAGCCUCGCCUCGUUCCAGCUGGACCCCGACCAAGACCUGAACAAACUGGACGACGAGGAGCUGGCUCGCAAGAAGGGCCAAAUGGACGAACUGUUUGAGAAGAACCGCAGGCGCAAAGAUGAUCCUGACUUUGUCUAUGACCUGGAAGUGGAGUUCAACAAGCCCACCCGAGAAAAGUGCAGCUGGGAUGACGAGUCUGAUGAUGAAUUUUAAAACCGUUCCCAAUCCUUUAUGUAUAUAUAGUUUUGAAUAGUAGUUUUUGUACUUUGUUAGAAAAUAUAACAGUUCUCAGUGAUAUCAGCAAGUUCUGUGUUCUAUAAAAGUAAAUGAGAUAUUGUUUUGAUAUAAAUGUUACUGUUGAAAUUAAUGUGUUUUAUUAAUUUAAGGUUUAAGAACCACCAAUCAUGUGGAAAUGGGGACACAGCAGGAGUUUCACAAUCAAAUAAAAG